UCGUAGGCUGGAAACAAACAGUUACAGCAAACAGUUCAGAUUGCAGUACUAGAAAAGCAGCACGCACGAAAAAUGUCUGAGGAAACCGCAACUAAAACCGCAUUGAGAAUUGCGGGCGCUGUCAUCUUGCCGAAUGUGGGAGGCAUUGUUAAUGGCGCAUUGACGCGCAGGCACAUCAAAAAUUGGUAUUCGAAUCUGAAUUUUCCCUCGUUCCGACCACCCAACUGGCUGUUUGCACCCGUUUGGACAUCACUGUACGCCGGCAUGGGCUAUGGCUCUUACCUGGUGUGGCGCGACGGCGGCGGCUUCAGCGGCGAUGCUCAAUUGCCAUUGAUCGCCUACGGCACACAGCUGGCGCUCAACUGGGCCUGGACACCGAUAUUCUUUGGCAAGCAUAACAUCAAGGGCGCGCUUAUUGACAUUGUGGCGCUAACAGCGGCGGCCGGCGCAUGUGGUGUACUCUUCUAUCGUGUGAACAAGACGGCCGGGCUUUUGUUUGUGCCGUAUAUGGCCUGGCUGGGAUUUGCCACCGCCCUGAACUAUGCCAUGUGGAAACUAAAUCCGGAGCAGGGUGAGCAAGGUGAGCAACCGGCGGCGGCGCGCAAGCAGCAAUAGGAGCUGAGUUUGGUAACAUCUCAUAAGGUGUUCUUUUUUAAAUUGUUUAUUUUUCAAUAGAAAAUGUAAUCGUCACAAAAUAAAAAUCGUAUCGGCAAUAUCGAUAAA